AUGGAGCGGGCUCCAUCACCUCGACAGGCUGGACCUGUCGCAAACGAUUCUGGAAACCACAUUCUCCCUACGGUCACAUACUCCAGUCGCCCACCCCUACCAGUGGUCCCUCGCGAUUCUGCAUAUCGUCUUAGAAGAUUUAAACGACUCCACAGCAAUAUGAGUGUCAUCCUCUGCACAGCGGGGUAUGACCAUACCAUCCGGUUCUGGGAAGCCCUAUCCGGGAUUUGCUCACGAACCAUUCAGCACCCAGACUCUCAAGUCAAUCGACUGUGUAUCACCCCCGACAAGCGAUUUCUUGCAGCUGCUGGGCACAAUAAUGUCAAGCUCUUUGACAUCAAGUCCACCAAUCCAAACCCAGUGAUGACCUUCGAAGGUCACACAGGCAAUAUCACGGGAGUCGCGUUCCACUGCGAAGGGAAAUGGAUGGUCACAAGCUCUGAGGAUGGUACUGUGAAGGUAUGGGAUACUCGUACGGGCAGUUUACAACGAAAUUACGUCCACCGAGCUGCUGUCAACGACGUUGUGAUCCAUCCUAAUCAGGGGGAGCUCAUCAGCGGUGAUCGUGCUGGUAUGGUCCGAGUCUGGGAUCUAGGCGAAAGUGUCUGUACACACCAGUUAAUUCCGGAGGAUGACACUGCUGUUCUCAGCGUGAGCGUUGCUAGCGAUGGCUCACUGCUCUGUGCUGGAAAUAAGAAGGGUAAUGUCUACAUUUGGCGCAUGGUUCAGACAGAGGAGUCGACUAGAAUCAUCCCCAUUUGCACCUUCCAGGCCCAUAAGGACUACCUCAGCCGAGUUCUUUUGUCCCCCGAUGUCAAGCACCUGGCAACAUGCUCUGCCGAUCACACUGCCAAGGUAUGGAAUUUAGAUCCAGAGUACGCACCUGCCAAGGUUGCUAUUCAGGAAUGGAACCAGAAGCAAGCCCAAAGAGCCACCAAUGAAGAACAGACCGAACCCACUGCAGAGGCAGUUCAGGCACAGCAAGGUGCCGAGUUGAUGAACCAAGCCCGCGAUCUUCUGCGUAUCUUCGAUACCCCCAUGCCAGACCGAGAGCUGCUUCGCAUUUCAGACAAUGCUCCUCGCACAGAGACUCCUCAACAGACCUUCACGCCACAGCCUGAUGGGCCACCCAUGGACCCAGCAAAUGGCACGCUUUUCUUGGAAACAACCCUCGCCAACCAUCAGCGCUGGGUUUGGGACUGUGCCUUCUCCGCCGACUCCGCGUACCUCGUUACUGUUUCAAGCGAUCACUACGCCCGCCUGUGGGAGCUGAGCUCCGGCACCAUCAUUCGCCAGUACAGUGGCCACCACCGCGGUUCCGUGUGCGUUGCCCUGAACGACUAUUCUGAGCCUCGUUAA